AUGCAAGCCAGUUCUAUUAUGGAAGACAAGUCUUCAGAAGCUACAAGAAGGAUGAUUCAAGAUUUUGAGAACAACCUACGACUCUCCGCCACCGGAGAACAAAGUGGGGAAGAAUCCCAGGACGAAGAAGAAUACAACAGCGACGAUGAAGAGGAGGAAUUUUCCUUCGUAUUCGAUUCCGGGAAUUUCGGCUCCCCGAUUUCAGCGGAUGACGCCUUUGUUAAUGGUCAGAUCAAGCCGGUUUUCCCGUUGUUCGACCAGGCACUUCUCUUGCCGGACGGUGAAGAUUUGGAGAGUUUAAUGGUGAAAGAUCGUUUGCCUAAUGUGAACAGGGUGUUUAUUCCGGCUGAAGAUGCCGAUUCUAAUGGGAUUCCCGAGACCUCGUCGUCUUCCAAGGCAGAAGAUGUUGUUGGGCCUUACUGUGAAUGGUCCAGUAAAGUGGUGGAGGCGGCGCCUGAUCGAUGCAAGAAGAGUAAUUCCACCGGGUUUUCCAAGAUUUGGAGGUUUAAGGAUUUUAUGCACCGGAGUAACAGUGACGGGAGAGAUGCUUUUGUUUUCUUGAAUCACUCUGCGCCUUCUGGUAGUUCGUCCACGGCGGCGAGUGGGAACGAGGAGAAAAAGGCGGCGAAGAAAGGGAUUUUCACUUUGAAGAAAGUCAACGAGAACGGCGAAGUUGUAGGGGAAGCGAAGGUGAAGAAGGUGAAGAAAAGUAAAAGGACGGCGGCUCUGUCAGCACAUGAGGCUUACAUGAAGAGCAAAGCCAAGGACAGUGAUCGCCGGCGAUCGUAUCUCCCUUACCGGCCGGAGCUCGUUGGGCUAUUUACGAAUGUCAACGGUGGUGGAUUGACUAGGAAUGUACACCCCUACUAA